CAUGCGUGAGUCAGAAAAGUGCGUUUUAGAAUGAUUACUGGCCAGCGGAGAGGCAGAUUAAACGGCUCCACACAACUGUUGUUUUAAUCCCCGGAGCGAGGAGAUUUAGCAAAGAAAAAACACUGGCUUUAAACCCAGCAGCCAUAUUGUAUGGAAAAACGACGGCAAGACUCCUCUUUUCAGAAAAAAGUCGUUUUCUCUGACACACCUCUGCCAAGACUUUUGGGGAGUUUAAUUUUCUUUCUAACUGGCGGUGGGUUUCUGUCGGACAGCUAGCUUGCCAGCUGGCUGAGGAAUUCAGAGAUUGGGACUAGCUUUGAAAGCAAUUUCGCGCAAUAUUGUGGUUAUUUAUUUGGUUUAGAAGUCUUAAAUUAACCGCCUGAAAGAUGAAGGACCGAUUGGAGCAACUUAAAGCGACAUGUGAUCAAGAUGAUGACGACGUGGAGAUCGCUGUGGACAACGCAGCCUUCAUGGAUGAGUUCUUCUGUCAGAUUGAGGACAUCAGGAACAGUAUUGAUAAAAUUGAUGAGAAUGUGGCUGAAGUCAAAAAGCUUUACUCGGUCAUCCUGUCUGCUCCCACAUCAGAUCAGAAAACACAAGAUGACUUGGAGGCAAUCACCAAUGACAUAAAGAAGAUGGCCAACAAUGCGAGAAACAAACUCAAGACCAUCGAGAGGAAUCUGGAGUCAGAAGAGCAGGAGAGGGUGUCAGCUGACAUGCGGAUACGUAAAUCACAGCAUGCAGUGCUGUCCAGGAAGUUUGUGGAGGUAAUGACAAAGUAUAAUGAAGCCCAGGUGGACUUCAGGGAGAGGAGUAAAGGACGGAUUCAGAGACAGCUAGAGAUUACUGGAAAAGCAACGACAGAUGACGAACUGGAGGAGAUGUUGGAGAGCGGCAACGCUGCUGUGUUCACUGCGGGGAUUGUGGACUCUGGUAUUUCCAAACAAGCCCUGAGUGAGAUCGAAGCUCGACACAAAGACAUCGUUCGUCUGGAAAGUAGCAUCAAGGAGCUGCACGAUAUGUUUGUAGACAUCGCCAUGCUGGUGGAGAGCCAGGGUGACAUAAUAGACAACAUAGAGCAGAAUGUAUCCAAAUCAGUGGACCAUAUAAUAGCUGCUAAGGAACAGACCAAAAAAGCUGUAAGGUACCAGACCAAAGCACGCAAGAAAGUGGUGAUAAUAGUGGUGGUUGUGGUGAUCUUGCUGGCACUGCUAGCUCUCAUAAUCGGUUUGUCAGUUGGAUUGAAGCAAAGCUGAUGAGCUAUUUGAGUAAGAGGAGAGCUAAGGAAGAUGAUCAUUAUUGGUGCAGUCUGUGCUGUGGCUGUUCUCAUCAUCCUCACCAUCAUCCUCACCCAGACACUAUAGCAGGACCUCAGUCUUACGAGCAUUAUGUUUAUUCAUCUGUACUCCGUCCCUCCCUCCAUCUACCUGCAAACCAAAGAAAAGACUGAUAAUGAUCACUCCGUAUGGAUGUAAUAACAUCUCACUCACAGAUGUACAUCUCAUCGUUAAGCUAGUAGAUAAACGGUGUGAAAAAAGAGGCUCCAGGGGACUCUUUAUAAAAUCAUUUCUGACCCGUGUAUACCAAUCCAAACCAUCCUUCCUGGUCUGCCUGGAGCUGUUUGACUCCAUCAGGCGGCUUUGGACAGUUUGAGGAUGCUCUGCUGCAAAUGAGGAAAUGAGACUGAGGCUGAUGUGAGGUACAAUACCUAUUGUAUCUCUUGAGGAAGGGAAAAGGGAAUUGAAAAAAUAUCAUAAAUGUCACUCAACAUUUAAUUGUUAAACAUUCAGUGCCAAAGAAACAACCUGUGUUUGUCAUCUGAAAUUUGUUCUAACGCCCAACCCUCACUAUAAGCACAUCACCUCCCUUAUCUUUACUUCUUGCCUUUAUGAGCCUUGACACAUUUUGUGAAAAGCUAGCUAUGUUCACUGUACUGGGAUUUUGUCGGUUUUUGGGGAGCUCCAGCACUUUGACAUUUAGAUUAUGUCUUCUUCCUUGGAUUAAGCUCAGAUGAUCAUGUAAAUAAUAGAGCUGUUAUUUUGUGUGUUGUCAAUAUCUAAGCAUGAUUAUGGCUCGGUUCUGUAGCUGAAAAGAGGAGCUGCGUGUUCAGCUAUGAUUCUUUUGUGUAGAGAGUGAUUUUUAAAUGUGAAAGAUGCUGCUUAUGGAAACACAUUUCAUGAACAGGUGGAGCUAAAAUAAUCAAACAAGCCACAAAAAAAGACAGGAUAGGGGGAUAAACAUGCAUACUUUUCUUGAAGACUUUGUCGAUACACUGCAACAACAGGAAGACGGAUCCAAAAAAAUCUUCCUACAAUGUUAGCCAUGAUAAUGCUUAUGUUAUGUACUGUCAAAAUACUGUAAAAUAACAAUGUUUCAAUACCAAAGGAUAUAAAGAGACACAGGUAGUAACACUAGUGACUGAACGUGUUCUCCACAGGUGCCAGAACAGACUUUGUAUUUAUUAUAUUUUUUUGAUCAGAUGUUGCUAAUAAAGUCGCACAUAUGGGAUGCAGUACACACUCCGAACUACAGUAGCUCUAACCUGGCUGCAAUUCCUUAUGUACAUAUUUCAGGUUCCAUAUUUUCUUUACUAUAAACACAGUUUACAGUUUAUUAGAUACACGUAGCUAAAACUAAUGCAGCCCCUGCUAAUAAUCCUACCUUAAUGAACGGUAUAAUGUGUAGUUUUUGUUCAAAUUUCAUUCAAUUUAUGGUGAAAGGUGUUUCUAAUACUUUGUUUAACCCAUUUAUAUCAAUAAGGCUAGACAAGUAAUUACAAACACCUUUUAGUGUAGCACAAUACACUUCUACAGCCUCCAAAAUGACUAUAAAGUUGAAUCAACACCUUUCUAGAACAAAACGAACAUUAUAACCUUCAUGGCGGUUGGAUUUAUUGCAGGGCAACUGCAUUAGUUUUAGUUAGAUGCACCCAAUAAGCUUAAUUCUGAGUGGUCACCAUCAUUUCAUUACUGUAGGUGUUUUUUGGGAGUGGGAAUGUCUCAAGCUGACAGUGUAAUCACUGAAACACACUGUACCGGUAGUCACUCUGGUUUUAAUAAGGUCAUUAAACCAGGUGACGAUAACCCUUGAACAGUAGCUGAGAUACUGUUUCCACUAGUCAUCAUAAAGAGAAGAGCCUACAUGAACCCUCGUAAUCUAGAUUUUGACCAUAUAUAUGAGUAGUGUCUAGAGCAAAGGCCUAACUGAAAAAUGCACCGUGCUUUAUGGAGCCACCAUCAAUGAAAGAAGUCUUUGUUUUUGUUUGACUGGAGCCUGAACGGUGCCUUUUAAUUCUGAUUGUGGAGGGAGCACUUGAAAGUGAGAGGCCUCUUGACUUAGCAGUCUGCUCUUUUGGCUUCUGUCCACAACUGUUCAAGUCUGAUGCCACUUUUCAAUUUCUUUUCAUUCACACCACUUUAGCCAUCAGCACAGGCUGUAAUGAGAGAGAGACAGAGGAGGAAACUAAAACUGUUGUAGACUGUUUUUAAGUUGACGUGCAAAUGAUUUUAAUGGAAAUUAAAGAUUUUAUGUUUUUUAA